AUGGAGAAGAAUGAUUUUACAAAGAAGGGUGAAAUGCCAAUGAAUCUCAACAUUGAGGACAAGCAUACGAUAGAAUCCACUGACUCCAAAGCUCCAACAACACCUAAGCAACCUUUUUUCAUUGGUGUUGCUGGUGGAACUGCAUCUGGAAAAACAACUGUUUGUAAUAUGAUAAAUACCCAACUUCGUGAUCAACGUGUUGUCCUCAUUAGCCAAGAUUCGUUUUAUUACCCACUGAGUGAUCAGACACUGCAAAAGGUUAAUGAGUAUAAUUUUGAUCAUCCUGAUGCCUUUGAUACGAAGCUUUUGCUCUCAACAAUGGAGAAAUUAAAAUGUGGACAACAUGUUGAUAUACCUAAUUAUGAUUCCAAAAACCAUAAGAGAAUUGAAUCUGCACGUCAGGUUCAUCCUGGAGAUAUCAUAAUCUUAGAAGGAAUAUUAGUUCUUCAUGACUCAGGUGUUCGUAAUCUUUUGAACAUGAAGAUCUUUGUUGACGAAGAUUCUGAUGUUCGGCUUUCAAGAAGAAUGCAACGUCUUGCUAUUGAUCGUGGAAGGAAUGUUGAAAAUGUGCUAGAUCAAUAUUCAAAAUUUGUAAAGCCUAGCUUUGAAGAUUUUGUGCUGCCAACAAAAAAAUAUGCUGAUAUU